UCCAGCUCGACUCCGGAACUUCCCUCCCGCUCUCAGUCCCGUAUAUAAGUCUCCUCUGCCACCAUCUUCCUUUUCAUAUCUUCCACCUUUUCGGCGUCAAAACGCAAAGAACCUUCAACGCAUGCAGAGAGCGGUGAGGCCCCAAAACAGAGCUUCCCAUUUCCCUCUUGACCAAGAACAAGAAGGAAGAAGGAAGGAGAAGGAGGAGGAGGAGGAGGAGGAGGAGGAGGGCGGUUGGCUGUUUGUGAAGAGUUUUGUCAGUGUUUUGGGAUGGAGGGUGUUGAUCUUUACACGGCUAGAAACAGCUUGCGCUCCAACAGCAACUCCAUAUGGAGGAACGACGGCAUGGACGUGUUCUCCAGGUCGUCCGUGGAGGAAAACGACGAGGAGGCCCUCAAGUGGGCCGCGCUCGAGAAGCUCCCCACCUUCGACCGCCUUAGGAAGGGGAUACUCACCAGCCCCCUUGGCGGCGCCAAUGAGGUCGACAUCGCGGACAUCGGGGUUCUGGAGCGGAAGAACCUGAUCGAGCGGCUGGUGAGGAUUGCGGAGGAGGACAAUGAGAAGUUCUUGUUGAAACUCAAGAACAGAAUUGAUAGAGUUGGAAUCAAGAACCCAACGAUUGAAGUCAGAUUUGAGCAUCUAAAUAUUGAGGCAGAGACACAUGUGGGAAGCAGAGCUUUGCCUACAUUCCUCAACUUCACUGCCAAUAUCGUAGAGGGCUUCUUGAAUUUUUUCCACAUUCUUCCCAGUAGAAAGCAACUUCCUAUCCUUAAUGAUGUCAGCGGAAUCAUCAGACCUUGCAGAAUGACAUUGCUUUUAGGUCCUCCAAGCUCUGGGAAGACCACACUCUUGCUUGCUUUGGCCGGGAAGCUUGAUCCUGAUCUUAAGGCUUCAGGGAAGGUGACUUACAAUGGCCAUGGCCUCAAUGAGUUUGUGCCCCAGAGAAGCGCUGCAUACAUUAGUCAACACGAUGUCCACAUCGGAGAGAUGACGGUUAGAGAAACAUUGGCCUUCUCUGCACGGUGCCAGGGAGUUGGAACCCGAUAUGAUAUGUUGUCGGAGUUGUCAAGAAGGGAGAAAGCAGCAAAUAUAGUACCCGAUCCUGAUAUUGAUAUCUACAUGAAGGCGGUGGCGUCAGAAGGACAGCAGGCCAAUGUGGUCACGGAUUACAUUCUCAAGGUUUUAGGAUUGGAAGUUUGCGCAGAUACCAUGGUCGGGAAUGAAAUGGUAAGGGGAAUUUCUGGGGGUCAAAGGAAGCGAGUAACUACAGGCGAAAUGCUAGUUGGACCAGCGAAGGCUCUGUUUAUGGACGAGAUAUCUACAGGUCUAGACACCUCGACGACAUACCAAAUUGUGAACUCAAUCAGACAAUAUGUUCACAUUCUGGAUGGAACUGCUCUCAUCUCUCUCCUCCAGCCAGCUCCAGAGACUUACAAUCUGUUUGAUGACAUCAUACUCCUCUCAGACAGCCAGAUAGUGUAUCAGGGUCCACGUGAAUUUGUCCUGGACUUUUUUGAGUCCAUGGGUUUCAAGUGUCCUGAGAGGAAAGGAAUAGCAGAUUUCUUACAAGAAGUGACAUCAAGGAAAGAUCAGCAGCAAUAUUGGGCUCGUAAAGAUGAGCCUUAUCAUUUCAUCACUGUCAAGGAAUUUGCCGAGGCAUUCCGGUCGUUUCACGUGGGAAGAAGGCUUGGGGACGAACUUUCUGUUCCAUUUGACAAGACCAAGAGCCACCCUGCUGCUUUGACGACCAACAAGUACGGUGUCGGAAAGAAGAACCUCCUGGAUGCUUGCAUCUCGAGAGAACUCUUGCUUAUGAAGAGAAACUCAUUUGUUUUUAUCUUCAAGCUUGUUCAGCUCACAAUCAUGGCAUUGAUAACCAUGACCCUCUUCCUCAAGACCAAGAUGCACAAAAGCUCUGUAACUGAUGGAGGAAUCUAUACAGGCGCUUUGUUCUUCAGUGUGAUCAUGAUCUUGUUCAAUGGAAUUCCAGAGAUUUCCAUGACAAUCGCCAAGCUACCUGUCUUCUACAAGCAAAGGGACCUUUUAUUUUUUCCUGCGUGGGCAUAUGGUCUUCCUUCAUGGGUUUUACAGAUCCCAAUUUCAUUUGUGGAAGUUGCCGUGUGGGUUAGUGUCACCUACUACGGUAUUGGAUAUGACAAGAAUAUCGAAAGGUUCUUUAGGCAGUACCUUGUGCUGGUACUGAUUAACCAGAUGGCUUCUUCAUUAUUCCGAAUAAUUGGAGCGGUGGGGAGGAAUAUGAUCAUUGCAAAUACGUUUGGUUCUUUCGCACUGCUCCUUCUCUUUGCAUUCAGUGGAGUUGUUCUCUCAAGAGAGAAUGUGAAGAAAUGGUGGAUAUGGGGUUAUUGGGCAUCUCCUCUGAUGUACGGGCAGAAUGCAGUCGUCGUUAAUGAGUUCUUUGGGCACAGUUGGCAACAUAUUCCAGCAAAUACAAUGGAGCCACUAGGAAUCCAAGUCUUGAAGGCUCGUGGUUUCUUUCCACAUUCGUACUGGUACUGGAUAGGAACAGGAGCAUUGCUCGGAUUCAUCUUGUUGUUCAACGUUGUGUUCAAUUUGGCUCUCACCUACCUUAAUCCAUAUGGCAAGCCCCAGACAGUCAAAUCGGACAAUUCGGAAACUGAAUCUAUUAGAGCUGGAGGAUCCGUCCAAUUAUCAUCCCAUGGAAACCGUUCCAGUAACAGAUCACGCUCAGGAGGAGUUAUUAGGAGAGGAAGCAAGAAUUCAUCUAAACGUCCACAAACCGCUUUCGACAUUAAUGGGAAAAGAGGAAUGGUUCUACCGUACGAGCCACAUUCCAUUACUUUUGAUGAUAUUAAGUACUCCGUUGACAUGCCACCGGAAAUGAAGAACCAAGGCGUUGUCGAGGACAAAUUGGUGCUUCUAAAGAGUGUGAGUGGUGCCUUUAGGCCUGGCGUUCUUACCGCUUUGAUGGGCGUCAGUGGGGCAGGUAAAACCACAUUGAUGGAUGUGUUGGCUGGCAGAAAAACCGGAGGUUACGUCGAGGGGACAAUAAUGAUUUCUGGGUACCCGAAGAAGCAAGAAACAUUUGCUCGAAUUUCGGGAUACUGCGAGCAAAACGACAUUCAUUCUCCUCAUGUAACUGUCUAUGAGUCUUUGCUCUAUUCAGCGUGGCUGCGUUUACCUCCUGAAGUCGACGAGCAAACCAGAGAGAUGUUCAUUGAGGAAGUAAUGGAGCUGGUGGAACUCAAUCCCUUGAGACAAGCAUUAGUGGGAUUGCCUGGUGUCAGUGGUCUCUCAACCGAACAACGGAAGAGGUUAACCAUUGCGGUUGAAUUAGUAGCAAACCCCUCCAUAAUAUUCAUGGACGAGCCUACAUCAGGACUGGAUGCAAGAGCUGCUGCCAUUGUUAUGAGAACAGUCAGGAACACAGUGGACACUGGGAGGACUGUUGUGUGCACGAUUCACCAGCCAAGCAUCGACAUCUUCGAAGCUUUUGAUGAACUAUUCCUGAUGAAGCGAGGAGGACAAGAGAUUUAUGUCGGUCCAUUGGGGCGACAUUCUUGCCAUCUCAUAAAGUACUUUGAGGGUAUUCAAGAAGUGAGUAAGAUCAAAGAUGGUUACAAUCCAGCAACCUGGAUGCUGGAAGUCACCGGCCCAGCCCAAGAACUAGCUUUGGGGGUCGACUUUGCUGAUAUCUACAGAAAAUCAGAUUUGUACAAGCGGAACAAGGCAUUGAUCCAUGAACUAAGCGUACCUGCUCCUGGUUCAAAAGACCUGUAUUUCCCUACCAAGUACUCACAGUCCUUCUUUACCCAAGUCAUGGCUUGCUUAUGGAAGCAAAACUGGUCCUACUGGCGCAACCCGCCAUACACGGCAGUUCGGUUUCUUUUCACCACCUUCAUAGCUUUGAUGUUUGGAUCGAUGUUCUGGGACCUCGGCUCCAGAACGAAGAGACAACAAGAUCUGUUCAAUGCAAUGGGAUCCAUGUAUGCUGCAGUUCUCUUCCUGGGGAUUCAGAACGCGGGUGCGGUCCAGCCUGUGGUUUCGGUUGAGAGGACAGUCUUCUAUAGAGAGAGGGCUGCAGGAAUGUAUUCAGCCAUGCCAUACGCAGUAUCACAGGUUCUCAUUGAGCUUCCAUACAUCCUAGCACAAGCUGCAGUAUAUGGUGUCAUAACAUAUGCUAUGAUGGGAUUCGAAUGGUCGGUCACAAAGUUCUUUUGGUACAUUUUCUUCAUGUACUUCACGCUGCUGUACUUCACUUUCUAUGGCAUGAUGGUCGUGGCUCUGACGCCGAACCACCACGUUUCUGCCAUCGUCUCUGCUGCAUUUUAUGGAAUUUGGAACCUCUUCUCCGGAUUCGUAAUCCCGAAAACUAGAAUUCCUGGUUGGUGGAUAUGGUACUACUGGGCAUGCCCAGUUUCAUGGACAAUGUACGGAUUGGUGGUCUCACAAUUUGGGGACUUGACGAACACUCUCGAUGACAAUGACCAAACGGUGAAGGACUUCUUGAGAGACUACUUCGGCUUCAAGGAUGAUUUUCUUGGGGCUGUUGUGGGUGCGGUUCUCGGAUUCACCUUCCUCUUCGCAUUCGUCUUCGCCUUUGCAAUUAGGUCCUUCAACUUCCAAACAAGAUGAAAGUACCUGUCAUUACUUGGAGGAGACGUUACCCUCUUUUUGUAACUAGUGUUACUGUGUUCUAGUACUAGCUCGAAGUGUAUAUUAUAGACAUCAUAUCCGAGCGAAUUUCUUUGACUAACUACAAUUAUAUUGAAUAGAUAUUGCACAGCUAUAUUUGGCUCGAGUGGAAUUUGUAAUCACCACAGUGUCAUAUACAUUACCAUAUAAAGUUUUGGUUUAGAUA